GCUAUGUGUGCUGCGUGGACGGCAUCAAUGUUUCUGGACUGGAGAUGCUGAGGAAUGAGACGGAGUGCGGCAAGUUCACCUUGGCCAAGGUCACGAAUGGUCGAGAGGUGAGGAUAGGCUCGAGACCCUGGAUGGCCCUGCUCAGGUAUAAUGAGACUACGAAUUACAGGAACCAGUUUGCUUGCGGAGCCACACUCAUCUCGAAACGCUUCGUACUGACUGCAGCGCAUUGCAUGAACACUGCUAACCCAGUCGCGGUUCGAUUGGGAGAGCACAACCUAUCCACGGAAGAGGACUGCGUCAUGGUGCGCUCUCAGACACGGUGCCAGCCGGCCCCCCAGGAUAUAGGAAUCGAGAAGAUCAUCCUGCAUGAGGGAUUCCCGGAAAACGUCACCCAUAACGACAUUGCUCUCAUAAAGCUGAACCGAGACGUAGAGUACUCGCCUCAGAUCAAUUCCAUAUGCCUGCCCCUUAGCCAGCAGAAGGCCAUCCUGGAACAAUCGAUCUACCUGGUGACCGGCUGGGGGAUGACUGAGAACAGAACGAUGUCAAAUGUGCCCAUGGAGGCCUAUGUCAACCGUGUUGACACCCAGGACUGCAAAGAUGCUUACAGCAAGUACGCGUUCGUGGACACUCAGAUCUGUGUAUCUGGCGAGGCGCAAGACAGCUGCAGCGGCGACUCUGGCGGCCCGCUGCAAUCUCUAUUCCGGUACCACGGACAGCAGCGCUUCGUCCAGGUGGGGAUCGUCAGCUUUGGGCCGGCAAACUGCGGUCAGGGAUCUCUCCCGUCGGUGUACACGGACGUGAUGGCGUUUCUGCCUUGGAUCACGAACCAGAUUGCGCGGUCAUGAGGAGAAUCGAGAAUAGGAUGAAUCCUGCUGCUCACUCACCUCCUGGAGCUAUUCUCCCCUCCCGAGGGUAAAUCCUUUCGGCCCUCUGGCCUCAACGGGCACUCGAGCGCAAUUAAUUAAGUACGCACAGUAAGAGCACAAAGAUUUUAAUUAAAAAUUUUGCCGAA